AGGGUCCACGCGAAGAAAGUGAGGCCACCAGGUGUGCUACAGCCGGUUCUCAGCUAGGGCCGGUCACUAACCAGUCUGCCUUAAAACCUGCUGCAGGGUCUUGGUAGUCUUUUAAAAUGGCUGCACACUAACUCACGAACACGGUGGAUGUCAUCAAGCAGGACAAAUGAAUGAAAUUGCCGACGGAUCGCUGACCGAUGCACUGCCAGUGGUUCUGUUCUGAGCUUCAGAUCACCUCAAUGGCCAACUCCCCUAACCCUUGCAACGAGCAAGGUACCGAGGUACUUGUUUUAAGCUUUGUUGGGGAAUGUGGGGAGCGUCACCGAUAAGAUAAGCCUGUGAAGGCCAUUGAUGGUCCGAGGGGAGGUGCCUGGCUCCCUCGACAUAACCUCAUCGCAUUGUUUGACGACACAUAUCCUUUAAUUGUUCCCACAGAGAUGGGAAAAGCCUGUCCUUGUCAAAAUGGGUGUCCAACCUGACCAGGGCGCCUACGAGAGCCAUCCGCCCGGCCCUAGCAACAACAAGCGCAAGCGCAAGCACGAGCAGGUGGCUGUCCAUGACACUGCUGCCUCUUCUACUGCACCUCGACAUGGCGGCGAUGGUGAUGGCGACAGCAAGAUGGCCUCACACGCACCCGUGGCCGAUAUCAAGAAGAAGGGAAAGAAGCCUGAUGGUCCAAGCACUGCUGGGCCCCCCGCCGAGAAGCGCCUUCGAAGAUUCCGUCCCAAGGCUCCCUCAUCCUUCCAAGCCGUUUACGAACGUGCGACCACCCAGAGAUUCUUUCUGCUCUCGAGGUCCCGCCUCGGCAACCCCGACUGCCCCGAGGAGCUGUUCGAGCUGACCGGGUCCACCGGCAACAUCUACCACGUCCACAUCCAGAAGCAGCCCACCUGCGACUGUCCCCACGGCAAGGCCUCGAACCAGUGUAAACACAUCGUCUGGUGUCUCAAGUCUAUCCUCCGUGCGCCCCAGGCCCACGUCUACCAGCUCGCCCUGCUCAGCAGCGAGCUCCGCGACAUCUUCGCCAGUGCGCCCGCUCCCGCCAAUGAGCCCGGUGCCAGCCCUGACAAGGACAAGAACCGCAAACCGGUCGACGGCGACUGCCCCAUCUGUUUCGAGGAGAUGCGGGCUGGAGAUGCCGGCGAGCCCCUGGUCUGGUGCAAGGCCGCCUGUGGCCAGAACAUUCACCGUGAGUGCUUCGAGAUGUGGGCGUCCACGAAGAAAAACAGCGGUGGCACCGGCAAGGUCCCCUGCCCGUAUUGCCGAUCUGCUUGGGAGGGCGACUUUGACAUGAUCAACAAGAUCAACACUUCCGGAAAGCCCAACUCAGAGGGCUACGUCAACGUCGCUGACCAGCUUGGAAUCAGUACUGAGCGGGACUACAGCACAUACUCGACCUGGUGGUCCGGACACCCGAGUUAUCGCGGUCGGCGACGGCGCGAAUACUGACCCCGACGGGGCUCGGGCUCGAACCUCUUGAGGGUACCCAGAAAAUCUGGUCAGGCUUGACAUGCCCAUUGUCGCAUGCUCGACGAACCAGCCAUUCUUGCAUGAACCGAGGAGGACACUUGCUGCACUUGUACGGCCAGCCACGGGAAAUUCCGCCGAGUUGGGUGGGAAUCUGCCUUUCUUCCGUUUGUUUUCUGAACUUUUAUUCUAGUCAUCGAUACCCACCUGCUGCUUCAUGCUUCAUUGGCUGAAGACGACAGUGCACAAUCUACACGGAAUCAUUUGCUUUUCACUGAGAGGUUCAUCGAGUAAGGUUAACAAAUGCAUUGAUAAGAGAUAUGUGUACAGCCCUCUCUCUUCACAAUUCCCCAAACUCCGCGCCUGUCAAAGGAAAGAAUCAGUCUAGCUGGGUGGCCAGGUUGUCGCAGAGUCAUGCAUCACCAAUGUGAUCAUGCCAGCAUCACCACCAAUUGCCCUCUUUAAGGAAACCCCUCCCGCACCUACGGGCUAUUGUCCCUCACAUCAGCCACCGCUCACAGGUAGGAGCGCUUCUUGAGCUUCUGGAGCUCCUUCUCCCUGGCGGCAACGUAUCUGGCAAAGUUGCGCCUCGCCUCGGCAGCCCGGGCAGCAGCCGGCGCGGGGGCAGCGGCCGCACCGCCAGCGGGAGCGGUGGCGUUGCCACCAGCCUGGACCAUCUGGAAUGGCACGACACCGCCGAAGGGACCGGCGUUGGCGUCGUUCAUGCACCGCAUGAGGCAGACAUUGUCCUGUCCCGCAACACUGCCUGUGCAUGUCGUGCCGGCAGGGACGGCGGCAGUCAGGGCCUGCUCGGAUGUCUGGGUGUCACGGCUACGAGAGUUCUCUCCCGGAGGCAUGUCAGUCACCCGGGCAGUGGUCCAUUCCUGAGAGACACCAAUAUCAGCCUUCUGUUCACGGCACACUGUCCUCAAGGAAAAAGGUCAUAACAUACCUGAGCGGUAGCGUCAUUGUUGAUGGCACAGCUGUAGGGGCCGCCGCCGUCGCCGUUGACCUGGUGCAGGACCAUCUGGACCUCGCCACCCGGGGUGACCUGAGGCAGGGACUCGCCCGUCUCGCCCAUGAUGGCGGUGGUUCCGGCCUCGAUGUCGUUGUCGCCACCGGCGAGGGUCUCGCCCACGGUGUCGGCGGCCGCGCCCUUGAACCGGGUCGAGUCCAUCUGGAAGGGGUUGCGGCGGGUUCCGUCACGGGGCGUGGCGCUGUCGAUGCCCAGAGCCAUGCCUUGGCCACCUGCAUCACCAGUCGCCCUGACGAUGGCGGCGUGGCCGGCCACGAGUGGGGAGAGCAGGGAGACGAGGACGGCGGCGGUGAGAGUCUUGGAAGGCAUGAUGACGGCUUUUUGCUGGCUCUUGUGUAUCGACGGUGGUAUAUAUGGGAUGGUGAAUUUAAGUAAUUAGAAAAGCUGCUGACUGAAGGACACGCGGCGAAGAGAAUUAACAAGGCAGGUCCGGCUGCUGGGUUCUGGUGCUGAUGCUGAUGCUGAAAGACUGAAGAUGCUCCUGAUGAUGGCUUCAAACUAAUCAUGAGGCCGGUGUGGGAAUGCACACAGUUUUAUAUCCGCCGUGGCUGGCAGCAUCACGAUAGCUGACGCGAGGUGAACAACGGCCUCCCGUACGGCCUCACUGCGGUCCUCACAUCUUCUCGUUGCCCAGUCA